AUGAAAUCUCAGACGGAAUAUAAACUAGCUUCCCCUCCCGAAGGUGCAAUUUCAGCAGUGAAAUAUGGUCCAAACACCAGUCACUUUCUUUUAGUAAGCUCAUGGAAUAACUAUGUCAGGCUUUAUGAUGUAACGGUUAAUAGUUUAAGACAAAAAAAAUAUUCACAUGACUCCCCUGUCUUGGACUGUUGUUUUACUGACGCAGUACAUGCAUACAGUGGAGGAUUAGAUAACACUUGAAAUCCUUUGAUUUCAAUACAACAGCUGAAAUCCUUUGAUUUCAAUACAACAGCUGAAAGCAUUAUUGGUUCUCAUAAUAAUGCUAUAAAAUGUGUUGAUUAUUAUUCUGAUGUCAAUGUUGUGCUUAGUGGUAGUUGGGACCACCAUGUUAAGCUGUGGGAUCCCAGAACUCCAAUGUGUAGUGUCAGUUACAACCAAGGAGAUAAAGUAUUUACUAUGAGUGUAUGUGGAGAAAAAUUAGUAGUUGGCACAGCUGGAAGAAAAAUUCUUGUUUGGGAUAUUCGUAAUAUGACCCUUCAAAAAAGAGAAUCUAAUUUGAAAUACCAAACUAGGUCGAUCAGAUGUUUCCCAAAUAAACAAGGAUUUGUAUUGAGUAGUAUAGAGGGUCGUGUUGCUGUAGAAUAUUUAGAUACAAACCCAGACAUUCAAAAGAAAAAAUAUGCUUUUGAGUGCCACAGAAUCAAAAAAGAUGAAAAGAUAUAUCCAGUAAAUGCCUUUAGUUUUCAUCCUGUGUAUAACACAUUUGCAACUGGAGGCUCAGAUGGUUACGUUGAUAUAUGGGAUGGUUUCAAUAAUAAACGAUUAUGCCAAUUCCAUCAGUAUCAUACAUCAGUUACUUCUCUCAGUUUUAGUCAUAACGAAUAUGUUCUCGGCAUUGCCUGCUCAUACUUUUUGGAAGAAGAUAAUCCUCCUAAGCCUUAUCCUGAAGAUGUUAUCCAUAUACGAUCUGUCAGUGACCAAGAAGCAAGACCUAAGUUCACGAGUUCUGGCAAUUAAUUACUCAUGUUCAUUUGA